AUGGCAUGCCCCUUGAGAAAAGCUAUUGCAGUUUGCUCCAUUUUCAGGAAAAGCUACUCUUCCUUUGUUGAUGUGGCUUCAAAUGCCUGUAGAUUGACCUGCAACAGAAGGUGUACUGUCUUCUCGAGAACAAAGUCCUCGAUUUCAUAUGAAAACUCUAAACCUAGAGGUGAGCUGUUUCCUCGGCAGUUCUGUUCAAGUAGAGAGCCAGAGACGUUAUCUUGGGGUGUGUCAUCUGACAUUGUUUUGCUGGGAAAGCUUGAAAGUGCAUUGAAGAAUCACAACUUGGAGGAGGCUUGGGAAACCUAUAAGGAUUUUAAACGUCUUUAUGGUUUUCCUGACCCCUCUCUUGUAGGUAGGCUGCUCACUGAGUUGUCGUACUCAUCUGAUUCUAGGUGGCUCCGAAAGGCAUACAAUAUGGUAGAUUCUAUUUUGAAAGAGAAAAGGGAGUUACUACGUACAGAGUUAAUGACCAAGCUCUGCCUAUCGUUGGCUAGAGCUCAAAUGCCCAUUCGAGCAUCAUCAAUUCUCAGGCUGAUGUUGGAUAAAAGAAUUCUCCCACCAAUUGACAUGCUAGGGAUGAUAAUAUUUCACAUGGUGAAGACCGAGGGUGGAAUGAUUCUGUCAUCGAAUAUUUUGAUCGAGAUUUAUGGUAGCUCUCAACAAUUAACCACAAAGAAGUCAGCUUACUUAGAGAUUAAUAAGAAUGAUACACUUGUUUUUAAUCUUGUUCUUGAUGCUUGUGCAAGAUUUGGAUCAUCCAGUAAAGGCCAUCAGAUUAUUGAGUUAAUGGCUCAAGUUGGAGUGGCAGCUGAUGCUCAUACUAUUUCAGUUAUUUCUUUGAUUCAUGAGAUGAAUGGUAUGCGAGACGAAUUGAAGAAAUUUAAGGAGCAUAUAGAUCAGGUUUCAGCAACAUUGGUCCCCCACUAUCGGCAAUUCUAUGAAAAUCUCCUGAGUUUGCAUUUCAAGUUUAAUGAUAUAGAUGCUGCUUCUGAUCUUGUACUGGAUAUUUAUAGAUUUCAAGAGUCUCAUCACAUGCAUGGAGAUGAGGCACAACCACCUAAACCGUGCCUUGUUUCUAUCGGCUCCGAUAAUCUAAGGAUGGGAUUCAAACUACGAAUUUUUCCUCAUUCAUUAUCAAGGGAGUCUGUUUUCAAUGUGGGACAUAAUCAGGCGUUUGUUAUGUAUAAGAAUGGGAAACUUAUCCUUAGCAACAAAGCGUUGGCCAGGCUUAUCGUACGGUACAAGAGGGAUGGGAGAAUUAAUGAGCUGUCAAAGCUUCUCUGCAAUAUCCAGAGGAAAGGCUUAUUUGAAUCCAGCAGAAUGUGCUCUGAUGUGGUUGCUGCUUGCAUUUGCAUGGAGUGGCUCGAAACUGCUCAUGAUAUUUUGGAUGAUUUGGAUUCUGAAGGAAGUCGGCUAGGCACUAGUUCAUACAUGUCUCUGUUGACUGCAUAUCGCAGUAAAAAUAAGCUAAGGGAGGCAGAGGCACUACUAAAGCAAUUAAGAAAAUCAGGUGUUGUCAUAAAUGCAUCUGAUCCGUUGUUAACUCCUGCAUCUAUGUGUAAACUGGAAGAUAAAAACAUCGCAAAGUUGAAAGAAUUAGGCUCCAUGGCUAAAGGGGAGUUGGCUUACCAUAUUGUUGAAGAAAUGAGGGGAGAAGAAAACGAGGCUUCUUUUAUGAUGCAUGAAUUAAAUUCUUCUAUCUACUUCUUUAUGAAGGCUCACAUGGUCGAAGACGCCAUAAGGGCUUACCGAAAAAUGCAGGCAAUGAAGAUCCAUCCUACAGAGUCAACUUUCAUGAAUCUACUUAAUGGGUAUUCUUCUUUAGGUAUGUAUCGUGAAAUUACAAUCUUAUGGGGAGAUAUUAAAAGGAUCAUGGACAGUCGUAAUAAGCUGAAUACCAGGGAUUUAUACGAGUUCUUGCUGUUGAAUUUUCUUCGAGGUGGUUAUUUUCAAAGGAUGAUGGAGGUUAUUGAUUUUAUGAAGGAGAAUG